UCUCUUCUCCGUUCAUCUUGAUCCCAUCCUUUCGAUUAUUGAGCGCUCGAUCUGUUAUUAAAGCAGCCAAGUAUGUGCCCAGAAUUGCUGUUACCUCUCGACUUGGGAGGAGGCACAGAGCCCGAGAACUUUGAGUAGGCUUCUCAUCAGGACUUGGAGUUUAGGAUGGAGAUGUUACGGCAGAGUGAAAAAUAUGGGCGUGAGAUUUGUUGGAGGAACUGGCCUUUAUAGGAUAAUGAAUAUAAUUCUUUGCCUCAUUUGCCUGAAGUUGGUUCCUCCCUUGUGUCUCUUCCCGGAUUUAUCCUCUAAGCUCCUGCCACCACAUCCCGCAAACUCGUCGAGAACUCCAGGGCCUUCACACCGCCGGUUUGCGGACUUGCACCUGCCUAAUGUACCCAACGCGCGCCUUGCUUAGAUGGAGCGAUUGGCAGAGAAAGUUGAGAAUCCGUU